GGCCCCAGAGCUUUAGUGUGACCCUGCACAUUACAGUGUGUCCCUUCCUCUUGGAAACGAGCUCCCAGCAUGAAGAUCCUCCUGCUGCUGGCCAUGAUCUUGACCUUCGGCCUGCUGCAGGCCAACGGCGCUUUGUGGAAUUUUGGAACGAUGAUUGGGAAAGUAACAGGGAAGAACCCGAUCACUGAUUACAGCUUCUAUGGUUGCUACUGUGGCUACGGAGGCAAAGGAUCUCCCAAGGAUGCAACAGACAGGUGCUGCUUUGCGCAUGACUGUUGCUACCGCCGUCUGAUAAAAAAGGGGUGUGAGACCAAACGUCUGAACUAUGAUGUUACUUACCGUGGAAACCAAGUCAUCUGUGCCAAACAGAACUCGUGCAGAAAACAACUGUGUGAAUGUGAUAAAAAGGCUGCCCUCUGCUUUAAGAGUAACAAGAAAAGCUACAAUAAGAAGCUAAAAUACUAUAACAAUAAAAAUUGUCGUGGGAAGGCCCCCAAGUGCUGAGAACCUCGUGUCCCCAGAAAUCUGCCACCUGGUGCUGACUCUCCUUCUCUCACACUCCCUCUACAGACCCCGGUCGAGUUGCCUGGAAAUUUCAACUAAGUAUAAUUAAUUUUGAUAUUUGAA